UUUUAAAACGAACCUCCACUUCCACGGUUCCACCACCACCCCUUCUCCUCCGGCCGAACUGCCAACUCCGCUCGGAGAAUCUCCGGCGCCGCCGAGAUGAACCCUAGAUUGCUCUCUGCCUUCAAUCGGAACCUCACUCGUUUCUGUAGAACCCUAACUGAAGGAGCUCCAUUGGCUUGCAGAGGGUACUACACCAGCAGGACCCGCAAGCCCACGCUGUACUCGAAGAUCAGCCCUCUCGGGAGCCCUAGCACCAGCGUGACCCCUGAGCUCGAGGACUGGGUCCGGGCGGGGAACAAGGUCCGGUUCGCUGAGCUGCAACGCAUUAUCAAGGAUCUCCGCAAGCGAAAACGGUACAAUCAAGCCCUUGAGGUUUCGCAGUGGAUGCAGAAGAAGGGGCCUUUUGCAUUCACCACAACCGAACACGCAGUGCAGUUGGAUUUAAUCGGACGAGUUCAUGGAUUUGUUUCUGCCGAGAAAUACUUUGGUAACUUGAAGGAUGACGAUAAGACCGAGAAGACUUACGGUGCGCUGUUGAAUUGUUACACUCGACAGCUCCAGAUAGACAAGUCCCUCUCUCAUCUCCAGAAGAUGAAGGAGAUGGGCUUAGCUUCUUCUGCUCUCACGUACAACGACAUCAUGUGCUUGUAUACAAAUACGGGCCAGCACGAGAAGGUGCCGGGUGUGUUAGCUGAGAUGAAGGAGAGUGGCCUUUACCCCGAUAACUUCAGUUACAGGAUUUGCAUAAACUCCUACGGUGCAAGAUCUGAUAUUGAAGGACUGGAUAAGAUCCUAAAAGAGAUGGAGACCCAGCCCCAUAUCGCAGUGGACUGGAAUACUUAUGCAGUCGCUGCAAAUUUCUACAUCAGAGCGGGUCUCACCAAGAAGGCUCUCAAUGCCCUGAAGAGGGCCGAGGACAGGUUGGAUAAGAAAGAGGGCUUAGGCUAUAACCAUCUGAUUACGCUCCAUGCCGGCCUAGGGAACAAGUCGGAGGUAUUGAGACUCUGGUCUCUGGAGAAAGAAGUUUGCAAGAGGUGCAUAAACCGAGAUUAUAUCACCGUAUUAAAAUCCCUCGUGAGGAUCAGUGAGCUUGAAGAAGCCGAGAAAAUACUUAAGGAGUGGGAAUCUUCCGGCAACAAUUAUGAUAUUCGAGUCCCCAAUACUGUCAUUUUGGGGUAUAUCGAGAAAGGUUUGCAUGAGAAGGCUGAAUCACUGCUCCAAGAAUUUAUGGAUAAUGGAAAGUAUACUAGCCCUGAUAGCUGGACUAGAUUGGCUUCAGGAUGCUUGGACAAGGGGAAUAUGGAAGCAGUUGAGAGCAUGAAGGUUGGCUUAUCUCUUUGCCAACAGAUGGCGAGGGUUAAGCAGUGGAAGCCCGACCCAAAGGUCGUUAGGGCUAUAUUAGAUUGGCUUGGUGAUAACGGGAGCUUUGAAGACGUGGAGGCUUAUGUGGGUUCACUGAGGCCUGUUGUCGGUGUGGAUAGAGAGAAUUAUCAUGCACUGAUAAAGGCUGGUGUGAGAAAUGGCAAGGAAGUGAGGAGUCUCUUGGAGAGAAUGAGAGCUGAUGGGAUAGAUGAAGAUGAUGAGACCAGACAGAUCUUGUCUCUGGGGCCAGAGUGAAUUGAUCAUCCGAGUAUGGAUACGCUUCCAAGUUCCAACUGAUCGAAACCAGACCUAACAGUACCAUUGGCCCAGUUAUUUCUGCACCAGGUUUUUACUAUUGUACGAUCAUGUUCGAGAUUGUGGUGCAUUGCUCAGAAGAUUUUGUCCGUAAAACAAGAAUCUGUUUGGCUCUGGUUGUCCUGAGCCAUGCCUCGAACGUGAAAUUACAGUUGGGAAUACUGACUUUUGUGAUUCUGUGCGACCCAGCCAGACCUGAUCAUGUGACGGAGGGCUGAGGAUGGAGCCGAUCUAAUUAUCUUAGGCCAGGCCAAUUGUUGAAGUGGCUUUGAUGUUCGAGUCUGAAUUUUGGUCCAAUUCGAGAAAUCUUAACUCAGGCCAACCUCAGCUGGUCCACCAGAAUUUAAUGUUCACAAAGAGAUUUCAAAUUCGACUUUCAUCGAAUAGACAGCCACACUGUUUUAUUAUC